CGGUAAUGGAUCAAUUAGCGUUCGGUUGUGUGCGGCGCGCGGCGCUCGUUUGUGUGGCGUUCUUUCUGCGGCUAAUCCGAUGGCUGCAGGUGUCGUACUGGGUUCCCAACGCGAGACCCCAUCCACCCGACACGCUGAACCACAGCAAAUGGGGCACUCAUCGGUACAUUACUGUGCACAACAUUAAGCUACACUUCGUGGAGCAAGGGUCGAGCAGCAAACCGUUGAUGCUGUUUCUGCACGGUUUGCCCGAUUUCUGGUACAGCUGGCGCUACCAAAUGCACGAGUUUUCGAAAGACUACUGGACGGUGGCGCUCGACCUACCUGGCUUUGGACGCUCGGAACCACCGGCACACAGCGUUACUUACAAGCUUAGCAAUCUGGCCCGGCUUGUUUGUUCGCUCAUCACCGCCCUUGGCAAGUCGGAAUGCGUACUGGUGGGGAAUGGAGCCGGCUCCAUCCUUGGCUGGCACAUCGUUAAUCAAUACCCGGAUAGGGUAUCACGCUACGUACUGCUCGGCAUGCCCUCGGAAGCGAUCCUGCAGCAGCUGUACCAGCGUGGAGCCAUUCCUCUAGCAACACUGCUGAAGUCUGCCUUCCUAUUGUACACCGGAGAGCUCCCUGUGCUUCUCGCACGCACCGAUGACUACGCCAUGUUUAACAAGCUGCUCGGGCCGGACGCAAAACCUCAAGAUCUGGAAGCGUACAAGUACACGUUCGCACAACCGGCGGCACUGGGACACGCGUUGACUGCAUUUCGGGAGAAUUUCGCCGACUUCUUCCUGGAGGAGUACGAGUACAGGGUACGCAAACCGGCCAACAUACCGGGAUUGUUCUUGUUCCAGGAGGAGGAUUGCUUCGGACAAACGCCAGAAGAGUACAUGGGCCUCCUAACGGAUGCUUACGAGCCGUUGGAGACACGGUUUGUGGCACGGGUGGGCCGGUUUAUGCAUCAAGAUGAUCCUAAAACGGUGAACAAGUUGAUUGGGGAAUUUCUUGGGAUGAAUGUGACACGACCUAAACGUUCACUCGGUGACGGUCCAGAGAAGCAGGUGAUUGUGAAGGAAGUUUGUGGGAAUUGUCAUGGAAAUGCUCACAGGAAGCCAGCAGAAGCGCAUCAUGAAAAAUGUGUCCAGAAUUGUGAUGGACAGGCGCAUCGAUAUGUCUUCGAAAAGGUAAGAAUUCCCAUUUGCUCUUAGAUUAGGCCCCAAGAAAGAAUAUUAAGACUUGUGAGAGAAUAUACC